AUGUACGGCACCGGAGCAGGCCCUCAGACGGGCAUUUCCACUCCCAGAUCCAGCUCUUCUCUCCGGCCGUUGACUCUCUCCCACGGCUCUCUCGAGACCUCUUUCCUCAUCCCCACCAACCUUCACUUCCACGCCUCCCAGUUGAAAGACAAGUUCAUCGCCAGCCUACCCGAAGCCACCGACGAGCUUGCCCAGGAUGACGAGCCCUCAUCCGUCCCCGACUUGGUCGCCAGAUACCUCGGUCUCAUCGCCCACGAGGUCGACGAGGGUGAGGAUGAUGAGCAGGGCUCUUACGAGGAGGUCCUGAAGCUCGUCCUCAACGAGUUUGAGCGCAACUUCCUCCGUGGCAAUGAGGCCCACGCUGUUGCCGCCACUCUGCCCGGUAUUGAGUCCAAGAAGCUCGACUUCAUCCGAAGCUACUACACUGCUCGCUCUGUUAUCAACCGACCGAUCAAGCCCCAUGCCUCAGCUCUUUUCCGGGCUGCUGAGGAUGGCGAUGCCGAGAUUUACACCAUCUUCGGUGGUCAGGGCAACAUCGAGGAGUAUUUCGAGGAGCUGCGGGAAAUCUACAAGACCUACUCUAGCUUCGUGGGUGACUUGAUCAGCUCCUCAGCCGAGCUCCUCCAGAACCUCUCUAAGAACCCUACCGCCGAGAAGUCGUUCCCCAAGGGUCUUGAUGUCAUGAACUGGCUUCACCACGCCGACUCUACUCCCGAUGUCGACUACUUGAUCUCGGCCCCCGUCAGCUUUCCUCUGAUCGGUCUUGUCCAGCUCGCUCACUACGAGGUGACAUGUAAGGUUCUCGGCGUGCACCCCGGUAUGCUCCGUGACAGAAUCACCGGUACCACUGGUCACUCCCAGGGUAUCGUGAUGGCUGCUGCUACCGCUGCCGCUGACUCUUGGGACUCUUGGCGCGAGAUUGCCACUUCCGUCCUCACCAUGCUCUUCUGGAUCGGAACUCGCAGCCAGCAGGCUUUCCCCAUCACCUCCAUGACCCCCAACAUGCUUCGGGAGUCAUCAGAGCACGGCGAGGGCUCCCCCACUCCCAUGCUUAGCAUCCGCGAUCUCUCCCAGUCUGAGGUCCAGAAGCACAUCGAUGCUACCAACCAGUACCUUCCUGAGGACCGUCACAUCAGCGUGUCCCUCAUUAACAGCCCUCGCAACCUGGUUGUGACUGGUCCUCCCACCUCGCUGUACGGUCUCAACUCUCAGCUGCGCAAGGUUAAGGCUCCCACUGGUCUUGACCAGAACCGAAUUCCUUACACCGAGCGAAAGGUCCGCUUCGUGAACCGAUUCCUGCCCAUCACGGCUCCCUUCCACAGCAAGUACCUCGCUGAGGCCACUGCUAUGAUUGAUGAGGAUCUGAAGGAGAUCGUCAUCGAUUCCAGCGAUCUCGGUAUUGCCGUCUUCGACACCAACACCGGUAACGAUCUCCGUGAGCAGGCCAAGGGCAACAUUGUUCCCGCCCUUGUUCGCCUCAUCACUCGGGAUCCCGUCAACUGGGAGAAGGCUACUGUCUUCCCUGAUGCCACUCACAUCCUGGACUUUGGUCCUGGUGGUAUCUCUGGUCUCGGUGUCCUGACCAGCCGCAACAAGGAGGGUACUGGCGUCCGUGUCAUUGUUGCUGGCACUGUCGACGGUGGACUGAGCGAGAUUGGCUACAAGCCUGAGAUCUUCGACCGGGAUGAGGAGAACGCCGUCAAGUAUGCCAUCGACUGGGUUAAGGAGUUCGGUCCCAAGCUAGUGACGACCAAGAGCGGACGCACAUACCUCGACACCAAGAUGAGUCGACUUCUCGGUCUCCCCCCGAUCGUGGUUGCAGGCAUGACUCCUGCUACCGUGCCGUGGGAUUUCGUUGCUGCCACCAUGAACGCUGGAUACCACAUCGAGCUUGCUGGUGGUGGUUACUUCAUCGGCCCCAUGAUGACUGACGCCAUCAUGAAGAUCGAGAAGGCCAUUCCUGCUGGUCGUGGUAUUUCUGUCAACCUGAUCUACGUCAACCCCCGUGCUAUGUCCUGGCAGAUUCCCUUGAUCGGCAAGCUUCGUUCUGAAGGUGUUCCUAUUGAGGGUCUCACCAUUGGUGCUGGUGUUCCUUCCAUUGAGGUUGCUCAGGAGUACAUUGAGACUCUUGGCCUCAAGCACAUCAGCUUCAAGCCCGGCUCCAUCGAUGCCAUCCAGGCUGUCAUCAACAUCGCCAAGGCCAACCCCCACUUCCCUGUUAUCCUCCAGUGGACUGGUGGCCGUGGCGGUGGUCACCACUCCUUCGAGGAUUUCCACCAGCCCAUCCUCCAGAUGUACGGCCGUAUUCGACGACAGGAGAACCUCAUCCUCGUUGCCGGUAGUGGUUUCGGUGGUGCCGAUGAUACCUACCCCUACCUUACUGGUCAGUGGGCCAAGAAGUACGGCUACCCUCCCAUGCCUUUCGACGGUUGCUUGUUCGGUAGCCGCAUGAUGGUUGCCAAGGAGGCCCAUACCAGCAAGGCUGCCAAGGAGGCUAUUGUCGCUGCUCCUGGUCUUGAGGACAGUGAGUGGGAGCAGACCUACAAGGGACCUGCCGGUGGUGUCAUCACCGUUCGCUCUGAGAUGGGCGAGCCCAUCCACAAGCUUGCCACUCGUGGUGUUCGCUUCUGGGCCGAGAUGGACCAGAAGAUCUUCAGCCUUCCCAAGGAGAAGCGUGUUGCUGAGCUUAAGAAGAACAAGGACUACAUCAUCAAGAAGCUCAACGAUGACUGCCAGAAGGUCUGGUUCGGCCGCAACAAGGAGGGCAAGGCCGUCGACCUUGAUGACAUGACCUAUGCCGAGGUUCUGCGACGUCUCAUCGAGCUCCUCUAUGUCAAGCACCAGUCACGCUGGAUUGACCGCUCGUACACCGUUCUUACUGGUGACUUCAUUCACCGUCUGGAGGAGCGUUUCACCACAUCCCCUGGAAAGGCAUCUCUUCUCCAGAGCUACUCUGAGCUCAGCGACCCCUUCGGCGUGAUUGACCGUGUCCUCGCCGCCUAUCCCGAGGCCGAGAACCAGAUCAUCAACGCCCAGGAUGUCCAGCAUUUCCUUAUCAUGUGCAUGCGCCCCACCCAGAAGCCUGUCACCUUCAUCCCUACCUUUGAUGACAACUUCGAGUUCUACUUCAAGAAGGACUCCCUGUGGCAGUCUGAGGAUCUGGAUGCGGUUGUUGACCAGGACGUUGGCCGAACCUGCAUUCUCCAGGGUCCCACUGCUGCCAAGUUCUCGACUGUCAUUGACCAGCCUAUCAAGGAGAUCCUUGACAACAUCCACGAGUCUCACAUCGAGUUCCUGACCAGGGAUCAGUACAGCAACAACAAGGCUUCCAUCCCUUACACCGAGUACUUCGGUGGUAAGCUGGUUGACCCUGAGAUCCCUCUGGACGUUGAGGGCUUGACUGUCAGCUACGACACCUACAAGAACACCUACCGCUUGUCGUCGUCUGCUGCCGCCACUCUGCCCGAGCUCGACUCCUGGCUGUCUCUCCUGGCUGGUGCUAACCGCAACUGGCGUCACGCCCUGCUCAUGUCGGACGUCGUUGCCCAGGGCCAGAAGUUCCAGACCAACCCCAUCCGACGCAUCUUUGCUCCCUCUCGCGGUCUGUUUGUGGAGAUUUCCUACCCCAACGACCCUGCCAAGACCACCAUCGUGGUUCGCGAGCAGCCUCGUCACAACCAGUAUGUUGAUGUGAUCGAGGUCAAGCUGGUCGGGGAGAACAAGAUCCAGGUCAACAUGAUCAAGGAGACCACCGCUCUUGGCAAGCCUGCUGCCCUCCCUCUCCUUUUCACCUACCACCCUGAGGCUGGUUAUUCGCCCAUCCGUGAGGUCAUGGAGGGCCGCAACGACCGCAUCAAGGAGUUCUACUGGAAGGCGUGGUUCGGAGAGGACGCUCUUGACCUUGACGCUGAUGUUACUGCCAAGUUUGAUGGUGGCAAGACUACCAUCACCGGCGAGGCCAUCAACGACUUUGUCCACGCUGUUGGCAACACCGGCGAGGCCUUCGUUGACCGACCUGGCAAGACUGUCUACGCUCCUAUGGACUUUGCCAUUGUUAUUGGCUGGAAGGCUAUCACCAAGCCCAUCUUCCCUCGCACCAUUGACGGCGAUCUCCUGAAGCUUGUGCACCUGUCUAACCAGUUCCGCAUGAUCCCCGGCGCGGAGCCUCUCAAGAAGGGCGACGAGGUUACCACCACUGCCCAGAUCAACGCCGUCAUCAACCAGGAUGCUGGUAAGAUGGUUGAGGUUUGUGGCACCCUCGUCCGAGACGGCGAGCCUGUCAUGGAGGUCACCUCUCAGUUCCUCUACCGCGGUACUUACACCGAUUACGAGAACACCUUCCAGCGCAAGGUUGAGACCCCUAUCCAGGUGCACCUUGCUACCACUAAGGAUGUUGCUGUCCUCCGCUCCAAGCAGUGGUUCUCCCUCGAUGAGCUCCCUCGUGACAUUGAGCUCCUCGGUCAGACCCUGACCUUCCGACUCCAGAGCCUGGUUCGCUUCAAGAACAAGAACGUGUUCAGCAGCAUCGAGACCCGCGGCCAGGUCUUGCUCGAGCUUCCCACCAAGGAGGUGAUCCAGGUUGCCAGCGUUGACUACGAGACCGGCGAGUCCCACGGCAACCCUGUCAUUGACUACCUCGAGCGAAAUGGCAAGACCAUUGACCAGCCCAUCAACUUUGAGAACCCCAUCCCUCUCAGCGGCAGGACUCCUCUGGCUCUCCGAGCCCCUGCUUCCAACGAGAACUACGCUCGUGUCUCUGGCGACUACAACCCCAUCCACGUCUCUCGUGUCUUCUCCAGCUACGCUAGCCUGCCCGGUACCAUCACCCACGGCAUGUACUCUAGCGCUGCUGUGCGAAGUCUCGUCGAGACCUGGGCCGCUGAGAACAACAUUGGCCGCGUUCGCAGCUUCCAUGCCUCCCUGGUUGGCAUGGUCCUGCCCAACGACGAUCUUGAGGUCAAGCUCCAGCACACCGGCAUGGUUUCUGGCCGCAAGAUCAUCAAGGUCGAGGUCCGCAACAAGGAGACUGAGGACAAGGUUCUCGAGGGUGAGGCCGAGGUUGAGCAGCCCGUCACCGCCUAUGUCUUUACUGGACAGGGCUCUCAGGAACAGGGUAUGGGUAUGGAGCUGUACGCCAGCAGCCCCGUUGCCAAGGAGGUCUGGGACCGCGCCGACAAGUACCUCCUGGACAACUAUGGUUUCUCUAUCACCAACAUUGUGAAGAACAACCCCAAGGAGCUUACCAUCCACUUCGGUGGUCCCCGUGGUAAGGCUAUCCGCCAGAACUACAUUGCCAUGACCUUCGAGACUGUGGCUGCGGACGGUAGCAUCAAGUCGGAGAAGAUCUUCAAGGACAUUGACGAGACUACCACCUCGUACACCUACCGCUCUCCUACCGGUCUGCUCUCUGCCACCCAGUUCACGCAGCCCGCCCUUACCCUGAUGGAGAAGGCCAGCUUCGAGGACAUGAAGUCUAAGGGCCUGGUUCCCAACAACAGCACCUUUGCCGGUCACUCGCUCGGUGAAUACUCGGCCCUUGCUGCCCUGGCCGAGGUUAUGCCUAUUGAGAGUCUGGUGUCGGUUGUGUUCUACCGUGGUCUCACCAUGCAGGUGGCCGUGGAGCGUGACGCUGCCGGACGGUCCAACUACUCGAUGUGCGCCGUUAACCCCAGCCGCAUCAGCAAGACGUUCAACGAGGCUGCUCUGCAGUUUGUGGUGGACAACAUUGCCGAGGAGACUGGCUGGCUCCUGGAGAUUGUCAACUACAACAUUGCCAACAUGCAGUACGUGUGCGCUGGUGACCUGCGGGCUCUUGACACGCUUGCGGGCGUGACCAACUUCCUCAAGGUGCAGAAGAUCGACAUUGAGGAGAUGAAGAACAACAUUGAGGAGGCCAAGGGUCACCUCCGCGAGAUCAUUCGCGGCUCUGCCGAGAAGACUCUGGCCAAGCCUCGUCCUCUGGAGCUCGAGCGUGGAUUCGCCACGAUUCCUCUCCGAGGUAUCGACGUGCCUUUCCACUCUACCUUCCUCCGAUCGGGCGUCAAGCCCUUCCGAUCCUUCCUGCUCAAGAAGAUCAACAAGACAUCGAUUGAUCCCUCCAAGCUGGUCGGAAAGUACAUUCCCAACGUGACGGCCAAGCCGUUUGCGCUGACCAAGGAGUACUUUGAGGAUGUGUACAAGCUGACCAACUCUCCCAAGAUUGGUGCUGUCCUUGCCAACUGGGACAAGUACACUCAGGAUGAGGCGGCCACCAACGGUGUUGAUGGUAGCGACAGCAGCUCAGGCGGUGACUACGAGGGCCCCGGCGCUGCUGCUUAG